AUGAGCUCUUACAAAGAAGAAUCUUAUGACACCUACGACGACUUUCUCAGACCCACUCCGGCGACAUUGCAAUCGUGAGUUCUCUGUCUUUCGAAACCUGAUCCGAACGCGAACGCUUUGAAACACCCCCACUUGCUGCGAUCGAGGGUUGACCGUAGCAGACACCGCCUUCCGCUCCACCAGUGCAUAGGCCACGCCUGACGCCGGGAACUACUGAAGCAGUACAUGCACAAGCUAAUCUUCACCUCCCCAACCCCCAGGUCAAACCACCUCCAAACGGUCUCCCUCAUUCACAACGAACAACUCCUCGAACAACAUCACAUCCAACGCAAGCUCGAGCACGAACGCGACCAACUUCGUGAGCAGCAACGCCAGCAGCAACGCCGCGCCGCCGAGGAGAAAAGAGACAAGUGGAGGUCCUAUUUCGGCGAUCGGAAACAACGUUGGGUUUUUGGGAUAUUUGCGGUACUGGUUUGGUGAGUUGUACAGGGCGAUGGAUCAGAAGCCGAAAGGAGGGACAUAUGAGCAAUUCUCGAUCCGGACUCCGAGAUCCGAAGCUCUUGCGCAAGAGCGAGUCGUACGGACUGCGCAUGGCAGAGCUGCGUGCUAGCCCGGCGACACGAAGCAAGAGACGAUCGCUGAAGUUUGGUAUUUAUUCUUGUCAAAAUCACCAUACGUCCUACAGCCUAGGCCUUCUGUUAUUCUUCUUUAUCCCUCGCGUCCCAGGCGUUAACUGGGCCAAUGAAAAGUGAGAAUAUUCGUCUUUCGGACUUACCGAAGCGACUCGAAUGAAGUCAAAGCGAAGGCAAGCCUUUCAGUACUUAUGCGUUUGUUUUGUUCUCCCAGUGAUCUGGAGUCUUUUACCGCCAACGCGGGCUUCCAGGCCGACUAUUCGACCUCGCCUGCCUCAUUCGCGUUUUCAGCCAACAUCUCAAUCCAAGGUGACCAAUCAUGCUUAACCUCCUAAUCAACACGGUUACUCGCUGACAUUCCUCCUUAUCUUGGCAGUCGACUCAUCAUCCUCCUGGAUCCCCUACAAGAUGACCUCCUUACAAGCGACCGUCUUGGAUCUGUCCUCGAGCGAAAUAAUCGGAACCGGAGGGUACCCCUACAAUGCAAUCUCCCUUCCCGCACGAGGGAAAAGGAAUGGUCAGUCUCCCCAACCCUAAAGACCCACCUAUUAGCCAAACCAACUCCUCCCAUUCACUCCCACUCCCCUUGCGUACCCCAGUCAUGAUCCCCAUCUCCUUCCUCGGGACCUACACCUCGACAAAUUCCACCACCUACGGCGACGUCAUCCGGGCUUGUACCGCCAAUACAACUUCAACCCUCCUCCCUAUUGGCAUUAGUUUAACGUUCAAGAUCCAAGGUGUGAUUGGGACCAAGAUCGCGAAAUUGCAGUCGACGAGGACGACGUGCCCGGUCGAGCUGGAGUUGAAGACUUGA